CCUCGCUGGCCCGGCAGCAGCGUGGAGGGCCCGCGGCACGGCUGUGCCAGUGCGGCCCGGCCCGAGGCAGCCCUGCCGCGCUUUUGACUUCCCCCGUGUUUCCACUCCGUCCUCCCCCGAGCUCUGGGUGCCCUUGGGCUGCUGCGGUGGCAUUUCCCCUCAGGAGGUGGCGCAGCCGCCGUGGCCGGGCCGCGGGGUGCUCGGGCUUUGGCCCGCGCCAUUCUCCUGGCUCGCACCAUGCCCUGUGUCACCCUUGGGGCGCUUCACUGCCAGGGGAGGGGUUUUUGAAAUAACGCGUGAAUAUUGCCUGAAGGAAAAGGGAAAGAAACGAGGCCGGGAGGAAGAGAACCCCCUCACCUGCUGAGCAGGGCAGCUGUGGGACCAUGGAAGAAAAGGAGACGUCACCGAGUCACACCUCAGAGAGCAGCAUGUUGGACCUCCCCUCUGUUUGUGACCUAGCAGAGCACUUUCUGCCUCCACACAGCUCUGAGAACAGCCAGGAGCUUUAUCCUUCUGGGGAUGUUUUUCCCUCUCCACCCACAGGAGAGAGCAAUCCAUCAUCUGCAGGUCCUGCAGCCUGUUCUGCUGAAGGCUCUGAGGAACCAAACGUGAGCUGUUACCUAAAAGCAGGGCUGUGUGAGCCCUCUGAACCUAAUGAUGUGCUCUCAUGGAUGUAUGAACGUGGUGGUGCAGAAGAUCCCAGCAUCAGGGACUCUCUGGAUUGCUUCUACAAAAUGUAUUGCAGAAAGCAGCCAGAGAGAGAGGAUCCGACCUACGAGGCUGCCUCACGGUGUCUGUCACAGAAGAUUUCAGAGCUGGAGCAAAAAGAUGGGACAAAAUAUGUGUCACGAUGCCUGCAAAUGGCACAGCUGGUCUUGAACAGAGAUGGAUGUAAGAUCUUUCCAAACCACCCCCCUUCUGCUUGCUUUUCAAAGCCAGCUGAAGGAGAAGUCUUGUUGGAAAACAGGAGGAGGACACCUGGACUCUCAGAUGAUGUCUUGCAGUUCCUCUUGAAACAAACACAGGCAGAACGUAGCCCUGAUGUGUCACACAAGAAGUGAGCAAGACACUGCUUUGUUUGUGUCAUGGAAGCUUUGCUUUCACUCCAGAAAGAGGUGACUUUCUUAGACAGACAUUGUUGUCCAAGCACCACCUUCAGCACCAGAUGCUCCAUGGAGGGGUUCACCCACACCAGACCUUGCACCUUGCUCUCUGAAGGGCAGCACUGCUUUAGGAGCAUCUGUGCAACUGCUUGGGAUGUGUUGACUGAUGCAGUGUUUGUUGCUGGGACAUCAGACAUGAUAAUUUAUACCUACCAGGCUUUUAAAUUGGCCUGCAUCCUUACCCCAGGGUAACAGUGGUCCAGCCCAAAUUCAGCCCCUGGGUGGGCAUUGCUGUCCAAUGCUGUUGGCUAGAACAGAAUGUUUGAAUGACCUUGGCAUGGUGUGCUCCAGCUCUGCAGAGGGAAAGUUAAGAUUUUGUUCUGAGUAUCUGUCUCCACAGGGUGCCUGUUAGCUCUGUGUUUUUACCUACAGACAUAUAACCCCAUAGUUCAUUACUGCAAUGCCAAGUGAGUUUUUCUGACAGAAAAAGUGUGUGUGUGCAUGAGAAAGAGAAAAUACAGUUCUGAGUGUGCUCUCUGACAGUGCUUCUGUCCUAUUUACCUCCUCACCAUUACCUCCCCCAACAACCUUCAGUUCCUUUCUGACUUUCAUGGUGGUGCUAAUGAGAUCCCUGGGGGAAAGUUCCCUUUAAAAUGAAAUGGAUCUCUCUGAGCCCAAAGAGGCUGAUGUCAGUCAGCAACAGAGCAAUGAGCCCACACAGACACUUAAGGUUUCUCUCUCAGAAGCCUCCCAGCUCGGUGGCUUCUUUGUUGUUUUACUGCCUCUGCCAGGCAGAUAAAUGUCUUUGUGCAUGUUUUCCACCCACUGGCCUGUGGACUGAAAGAGCAGUUUGCUGUAGUGAUGUUGUUUGCUGACUGGUGAGGCCAUUCUGCAGCGUGGGUGUGAGCAAGGAAGCACAGAGUGCCAGUGGAAGGGAAGUGUUUAAGAUGUCAGCAGAUGGGCAAAGGAGAAAGACAGAAAGGGUGGUUGGGGUCUCAAAGGUCACCAUCAGUGUGGUUGCUCCAGUACAGCCACAGGGCUCACACCAGUUUUGGUAUUUGGUGUCCAGUGUUUGCCAGCCCAGCUGCAAACCUCUCAUCCACUCCCUGUCCACAGUGGCCAGAUCUCAGAGUGGGUGUUUGUGUUCCUGCAUGUCACAUUCCCUCCUGCAGUCCCACAUGGGGCUGCUAUUCCUGCCUUGCUGCCCCUGGCAAAUUGGCACAGCUGCUGUGCUCUGCAGGUGUUUCCAGCAAAGGCAAUGGAAAUUUGGCUGCUGCCUUCAGUCAGAGCAGGAGGGGGCCCAGCUGGCUGCAAGUUAUGGCCAGAGUCUUAGGACUUGGUUUAAUUUCUCUUUGCAAAUAGAUUUACAUUGGAAGGGCCUGGGUUUAGUUUCCUGUCCCUGAGUCAUCAUGGAACCAAUACAUUUAGCUUUGUGGUGGUCCUGCUCUGUGUGUUGCUUGCUUGCUUUUAUGGCAGAGGUGUUGUACAUGUGCUGGAGGGCACACAGAAUAUUGGAGCAGACCUUCAGCAGCUCCCCCAGCAUUACUCAAGCUAAUGGUGCUAAGGGGAAAAAAAGAGGUGAGGAUGCAGCAUCAUUUCUGUAGUAGCAAACAAACCCACAGGUGCUUGUGUAUCAAAAUCCAGAUGAAAGCAUCCUGUUGGCAAAAACCAUAGAGAAUGGUAAUAUCAGCUAGUUUAGCCACAGAUACAGCUGGAAAAAGCAAGCAUGCUCCUGAGUGUGCUGUCAGUAAUUACAGAAACAUCAUGGCCCCUCUGCCAGCUCACACUGCUUAACCCCCACGGAUCUGUCACAGCCACAAGGGCACUGGUUUGACAGAUGUAGGGAGAUACUGCUGAGGAUGUACAGGGAAAAAGGAAGGUCUUCAUUGUGAAUCACAUGUUGUUGCUUUUAAUCUUUGCCAGUGCUUAUGCUGUUCCACACAGUCAAAUUAGCUGCUGUGCAAAACCUCUUAACUGCCAUUUUAAGGGAAGUAAACUCCCAUGAAGAGAGAGAUGGAGAAAUCAGAGGUCUGCAUCUGCAUCUGAAUCCCUUCAAUUGCUGUGUUUGGUUUGUUGAUGAAUUGGUCAGUGCUUUAGGUUAGCUUGAAAACCAUCUGGUCUCCUAUUCAAACUUUAAAAAAAUAAUUUAAAAAAAAGCCAAAGACAUUCAAUUUCCACAAAGAAAGCUUGCAGAAAAAUAGGAAGUUCCUGCUCUUCAAGAGAGACCUGCUACUACUAAUGUUUGAGACAUCCCUACUGGGUUUUGAUGGAAGAGAAAAGAAGCUCAGAAUGACAAAAUAGAGAAAAGGUGGCUGCUGGAAGAGCAUGAAGAGAGAUACUGGCAGAGGAGAGCAUGAAACUGUUCAAUUUUAAGGACCAACGUAGGCAGAACAGACUGGAUGCAGCUGAAAAUUUUGGAUUAUGACUCAUAUCUACAAAUCUUGUCUGGCAUCUUGCAGAGGACAUGGUAAUCUCUGUGCUGCUGAAACAUGCAGUCUUUUGAGAAGUUUGCACCCC